AUCCAUUUUAAUUUGAUUCCACCCCACUUCAAUUUUCCUGUGGCUCUAUUUCCAAAUCAUUAAUCACCCUCUCCCUCUCUCUCAUCAAACAAGAAAAAGAAAUAAUAAGAUGGUCUUUCACUAGCUUUUCUCUUCUUCUUGAAGUUGAUUAGUUUCUGAGUUUACAAGGCUGCCUUUUCUCUUCCAACAUGGCCACCACCAAAGGCAUCAGUCUUGAAGAGAUCAAGAAUGAAGCUGUUGAUUUGGAAAGGAUUCCUGUAGACGAGGUAUUCGAGCAGCUAAAAUGUACGCGAGAAGGUCUAACUUCGGAGGAAGGAGAGAACAGGCUGAAAAUAUUUGGUCCAAACAAGUUGGAAGAGAAAAAGGAGAGCAAGCUCCUCAAGUUUUUAGGCUUCAUGUGGAAUCCGUUGUCGUGGGUUAUGGAGGCCGCUGCCCUGAUGGCUAUAGUCCUUGCCAACGGGGAUGGAAGGCCUCCCGACUGGCAGGACUUCGUUGGCAUCGUUGCAUUGCUGUUCAUCAACUCCACCAUCAGUUUCAUCGAAGAAAACAACGCUGGCAAUGCUGCUGCAGCUCUCAUGGCUGGUCUCGCGCCAAAAACAAAGGUGUUGAGAGACGGUCGAUGGAGUGAGCAGGAUGCAGCAAUCCUUGUCCCGGGUGAUAUAAUAAGCAUAAAGCUGGGAGAUAUUAUCCCUGCUGAUGCUCGUCUCUUGGAGGGCGACCCUUUGAAAGUCGACCAAUCUGCAUUGACAGGGGAGUCCCUCCCGGUGACCAAGAGCCCCUCGGAUGAGGUAUUCUCCGGGUCAACGUGCAAGCAGGGAGAGAUCGAGGCUGUUGUCAUUGCAACGGGCGUCCACACCUUCUUUGGAAAGGCUGCUCAUCUGGUGGACAGCACCAACCAAGUUGGACACUUCCAGAAGGUUCUGACCGCCAUCGGGAACUUCUGCAUCUGCUCCAUCUUCAUUGGGAUAAUCAUCGAGGUCAUUGUCAUGUACCCGAUCCAGCACCGCAAGUACAGGGACGGGAUUGACAACCUGCUGGUCCUCCUGAUUGGAGGGAUCCCCAUCGCCAUGCCAACGGUGUUGUCUGUCACUAUGGCUAUCGGGUCCCACCGCCUCUCUCAACAAGGCGCCAUAACAAAACGAAUGACCGCCAUAGAGGAAAUGGCUGGGAUGGAUGUUCUAUGCAGUGACAAGACUGGAACACUCACUUUGAACAAGCUGACUGUUGACAAGAGCCUCAUCGAAGUUUUCGUGAAGGGGUUGGACAAAGAGCAGGUGAUGCUGCUCGCAGCUCGGGCUUCGAGAACUGAAAACCAGGAUGCCAUAGAUGCUGCCAUUGUAGGGAUGCUUGCUGAUCCGAAGGAGGCGAGAGCUGGUAUAAGAGAGGUGCAUUUUCUGCCUUUCAACCCUGUGGAUAAGAGGACUGCAUUGACUUACAUAGAUUCCAACGGAAAUUGGCAUCGCGCGAGCAAAGGUGCACCCGAGCAGAUAUUGGAACUUUGUCAUAGCAAGGAAGAUGUGAGGAAGAAAGUUCAUGCUGUUAUUGAUAAGUUCGCUGAACGUGGCCUUCGUUCGUUAGGAGUUGCUAGACAGGAAGUUCCUGAGAAGUCGAAGGAGAGUCUUGGAGGGCCGUGGCAGCUCGUUGGCCUUUUGCCUUUGUUCGAUCCACCUAGGCACGAUAGUGCAGAAACAAUCAAGAGAGCCUUGAACCUUGGUGUGAAUGUGAAGAUGAUCACUGGUGAUCAGCUUGCCAUUGCCAAGGAAACAGGACGCCGGCUUGGAAUGGGGACUAACAUGUACCCGUCUUCAUCCUUGCUUGGCCAGGACAAAGACGAAUCUUUUGGAUUCAUGCUUAUAGCGUUGAUAUGGAAAUUCGACUUCGCCCCAUUCAUGGUUUUGAUCAUCGCCAUACUAAACGAUGGAACCAUCAUGACUAUCUCAAAGGACCGGGUGAAGCCAUCUCCGGUCCCAGACAGCUGGAAACUCAAGGAGAUAUUCGCCACCGGGGUCGUCUUGGGAGGGUACUUGGCAUUAGGGACUGUACUCUUCUUCUGGCUUGUGAAGGACACCAACUUCCUAUCUGACAAGUUUGGUGUGAGGUCAAUAAGAGAUAGUCCUGAGGAAAUAAUGGCUGUGUUGUACCUGCAAGUGAGCAUUGUGAGCCAAGCGCUCAUCUUCGUCACAAGGUCUCGUAGCUGGUCAUUUGCUGAGCGCCCCGGGAUGUUCCUUCUUGGCGCUUUCCUGAUAGCUCAACUGGUUGCGACCUUGAUAGCUGUCUACGCGAACUGGACCUUUGCGAAGAUCAAAGGGUGUGGUUGGGGUUGGGCGGGCGUCAUCUGGCUUUAUAGCAUCGUCACUUACUUCCCCCUCGACAUCCUCAAGUUCUGCAUUCGCUACGUGCUUAGUGGGAAGGCGUGGGAUAAUCUUUUGGAGAACAAGACUGCAUUCACCACCAAGUCCAACUACGGGAAAGAAGAGAGAGAGGCUCAAUGGGCAGCUGCGCAGAGGACUUUGCACGGCCUUCAGCCACCAGAAACCGGGAAUCUCUUCAAUGAGAAGAACAGCUACAGGGAGCUCUCCGAGAUUGCUGAGCAGGCUAAACGACGGGCAGAGGUUGCAAGGCUGAGAGAGCUGCACACGCUCAAGGGGCACGUCGAAUCAGUGGUGAAGCUGAAGGGACUGGACAUCGAUACGAUCCAGCAGCAUUACACUGUCUGAUCUAACCAAAAUAUGCAAUGAAAAGAGAUGAAGAGAUGCAUGUUGUUGUUGUUCUGAGAAAUCAGCUUUUUAGAUAGUUAAACUAGUUUUUGUUAUAAUCGUACUUGAUCAAGCUUGAAGCAGCAACCCCAUUUAAUCAUAAUAGGAUUUGUUGAGGUUGUGCUGUUUUAUCAUGAAUAAUGAAAGCACAUGAAAUGCUAUAUUGUUUUUUCCUUA